AUGGCCAGUCAGAUUGACUACAUUUUAGUCAGUUCAAGAUUCCGGAGCUGGGUUCAUGACAGUCGGUCGCUGCGUGAUGCUGAGACUGGUAAUGCCCAUGGCUCUGACCACGUUCUUGUUCGUACACGCUUGAAAGCUCACCUCUCAUCUGCACCCAAAGUGCCCCGCGCUAGACGCCUCGAUGUCGCCAAAAUCCGGCAGCCCAACACCACUGAGGCCCUAAGCAGAGAAAUCCGGUCCUGUUUCACGAACCGCGCCGACAACGAAGAGGGUAACCCAUGGUCCUUACUGAAAACGUCAGUCUAUGGAGUAGCCAAGAAACUUAUUGGAUGCACCCAGCGGCGCCACAACAAUUGGAUCAGCGUGCGGACCUUGCAGUUGUCUGCGGAGACAGCCCGAGCUAGGGGCCGUAAUGAUGAUUCUUCCCGCCAACUAAGAAAGAUGACAGCAAAAUCGGCCAGAGAGGACCGAAAGAAAUAUUGGGCUGAAAUCGCAACUUCCAUGGAGCAGGCCUUAAACGUUGGUGAUACUCGAAACCUCUACCAACUUAUUCGCAAGGCUAGCGGUAGGCUGUCUUCGCUGAGUGACUUAGUUCGUGAUGUGAAUGGCAGCUUUAUUGCUGACAACGCGACCAAGAUCGAACGCUGGCCUGAGCACUUCGAGCACCUCCUCAACUUUGAUACGGAGUCCACCGCCCCCCUGCUCCCAUCCACAGCAGAGCCGCCUGCAUUUUUCACUUAUCCAGUGUCAUGCGACCCGCCUUCUGAAGGAGAAAUCGCCGAUGCAUAA